UUUCCUUAUGUCUUUUCAUGGCUUGAUAGCUCAUUUCUUUUUAGCACUGAAUAAUAGUGUUGUUUUCUGGGUGUACUACAAUUUGUCCACUUGCCUACUGAAGGACAUCUUGGUUGCUUCCAAGUUUUGGCAGUUAUGAAUAAGGCUACUAUAAACAUCUGUUUGCAAGGUUUUAUAUGGGCAUUUUUCAGCUCCUUCAGGUAAAUACAAAGAACUGUGAUUGGGGCUACACCGGAAAGAUGGCGGACCAAGAGCAAAGAAAAAUCCCUUUGGUCCCAGAAAAUCUCCUGAAAAAGAGGAAGGCCUAUCAAGCCCUCAAAGCCACUCAGGCAAAGCAGGCACUUUUGGCAAAGAAGGAGCAGAGGAAAGGAAAAGGGCCCAGGUUUAAGCGAUUGGAAUCAUUCCUACAUGAUUCCUGGCGGCAGACACGUGACAAGGUGCGUGUCAGACGACUGGAAGUGAAGCCUCACGCCUUGGAAUUGUCAGAUAAACAUUCUUUGGCCUUUGUCGUACGCAUUGAAAGGAUUGAUGGUGUGAGUUUACUGGUGCAGAGAACCAUUGCAAGACUUCGCCUAAAGAAAAUUUUUAGUGGUGUCUUUGUAAAAGUCACUCCCCAGAACCUAAAAAUGCUGCGUAUAGUGGAACCUUAUGUGACCUGGGGAUUUCCAAAUCUGAAGUCUGUCCGGGAACUCAUUUUGAAACGUGGACAAGCCAGGGUCAAGAAUAAGACCAUCCCUCUGACAGACAACACUGUGAUUGAGGAGCACCUGGGGAAGUUUGGUGUUAUUUGCUUGGAAGACCUCAUUCAUGAAAUUGCCCUCCCGGGGAAGCAUUUCCAGGAGAUCUCAUGGUUCUUGCACCCUUUCCACCUCUCAGUGGCCCAUCAUGCUACCAAAAAUAGAGUGGGCUUCCUCAAGGAGAUGGGCACACCUGGCUAUCGGGGUGAACACAUCAAUCAGCUCAUCCGCCAGCUGAACUAGAACCAGGUGCCAAACUGCAAUAAAUUUUUAUCAAUGAAGUGGAAGCAUGUGUUUUUGGGUUUGGAGAAUUUGUAUCAAGUGUCUUCAGAGAUUAUUUCCUGCUUUAUCUUUAAAAACUGGAAAAGAGGGGUCAAAGAAAAGACAGUAGCUGGCCAGGCGCAGUGGCUCAUGCCUGUAAUCCAAGUACUUGGGGAGGCUGAGGAGGGCGGAUCACCUAAGGUCGGGAGUUCGAGACCAGCCUGACCAACAUGGCGAAACCCUGCCUCUACUGAAAAUACAAAAAUUAGCGGGCAUGGUGGCCCAUGCCUGUAAUCCCAGCUACUCGGGAGGCUGAGGCAGAAGAAUCGCUUGAACCCGGGAGGCAGAGGUUGCUGUGAGCCAAGAUCACACCAUUGCACUCUAGCCUAGGCAACGAGCGAAACUCUGUUUCAAAAGAAAAAAGAAGAAAAAAACAGUAGCUUAUGUUCAUUGCAAGCACCUCUCAUCACAAUCCAGUUCCAAGGAAAAAUUCCAGCGUUUUCUACAUUGGCUGCUGCCUCGUCUGAAAUCAGCACAUUCCAUGGAGGAAGGAGUUCUGCUUUGCUGCAUCUUUUAUCCUA